AUGGCAGGUGCGGCGUGGCUCUACGGCCUGCUGGCCUCACUCUGGGCACUGACCAGGGCUCAGCCUGGCCCUUCCCCGCUCUUCACUUCAGUGGGAGAACGCUUCCUGCCCCAGGAUUACACACACAACCCUGUCCAGCUAAACUACGGCGUGGCAGUGACCGAUGUGGAUGGAGACGGGGACCUUGAGGUCCUCGUAGCAGGGUACAAUGGGCCCAAUCUGGUGCUGAAGUACAACCGCGCAAGUGGGCGUCUGGAGAAUGUGGCGCUGGAUGACAAGAGCUCCCCGUUUUACGCCCUGCGAGACCGGCAGGGCAACGCCAUUGGUGUCGCCGCUUGUGACAUUGAUGGGGACGGCCGAGAGGAAAUCUACUUUCUCAACACCAACAAUGCCUAUUCAGGAAUGGCUACUUACUCGGAUAAGCUGUUCAAGUUCCGUAAUGGGCGCUGGGAGGACAUCCUUAGCGACCCGGUGAAUGUGCAGCGUGGCGUCGCCUCCCGCUUUGCUGGCCGCUCGGUUGCCUGCAUCGACAGGAGGGGAACGGGCCGCUACUCGGUUUACGUGGCAAACUACGCGAAGGACGGCGUGGGCCCACACGCUGUCAUCGAGAUGGACGAGGCGGCCAGCGAUGUCGCUCGAGGGAUUGUCAUCCUUUCUGAAGUGGCCAAGGAGGCCGGAGUCAACAAGUUCACAGGUGGCCGUGGAGUGACUGUUGGUCCAAUCAUGAACACCAACAUCUCGGACAUCUUCUGUGACAACGAGCACGGUCCCAACUUCCUGUUCAAGAACAAUGGAGACGGAACGUUCACCGAUGUGGCCACUGCAACAGGAGUGGCCGACGCCGAUUGCCAUGGCCGUGGAGUGGCUCUUGCUGACUUCAACAAAGAUGGCCGUGUGGACAUUGUGUACGGCAACUGGAAUGGGCCCCACCGUCUGUUUCUGCAAUCAGAAACAAAUGGGAUCAUCCAAUUCCGGAACGUGGCCACCAAAGACUUUGCCACCCCCUCUGCGAUCCGCACCGUCAUCGCUGCCGAUUUUGAUAAUGAUCAAGAGCUGGAGGUCUUCUUCAACAACAUUGCGUACAACGACAAUGCUCCGAACCGCGUCUUCAGGGUAUCAGGCCGGGCAGGCAAGGACCCCUACAUUGAAGAACUGGACGUGGGAGAAGCCAAGGAGAGCUGGGGCAGAGGCACAGGUGGAGUGGCGACGGAUUUUGAUGGAGACGGCACGCUGGAGCUCAUCCUGUCUCACGGCGAAUCCAUGGCCCAGGCCCUGUCCAUCUACAAAGUCACUCAGAGCACAGGCAAUGGCUGGCUGCGCGUGGUGCCACGCACGCGGUUCGGGGCAUUCGCCCGUGGUGCCAAGGUGGUGCUGUACACAGCGCAGAGCGGCCCUCAGCUGCGCGUCAUCGACGGCGGCUCUGGAUAUCUGUGCCAGAUGGAGCCCGUUGCACACUUCGGCCUGGAGAAGGACGUGGGCCUACGCGUGGAGGUGACUUGGCCUGAUGGGUACUUCUUCUCGAGAAACCUGCGCAGAGAUGAAAUGAACUCACUGAUUGAGAUCCCCUACCCCGACGGAGAGAGCCAGCAGGACAGCGAGAGCAAACCACAGUGUGGAGAAGGAUUCACCCUGAAUGAUCAUGGAAGAUGCGUUGAUGUGGACGAGUGCAGCAGCGCCCAGCAGCCAUGCCCCAGCACCAGGCCCCUUUGUGCCAACACUUUUGGCAGCUUCAGCUGCAAGCCUGACUUGUCGUGUCAAGGUGGCUUUGAGCCAGACCAGCAGGGCUCUGCAUGUGUUGCUGCACUGGAGGACCUCCCCGGCAACCGGGCUCCCUUUCUGUCCUGCCAACGCCUCCUGCUAAUCCUUGGCUUUCUGCUGACACUCAGCACAUAGCAGGCUAGUGGUGUACCCUGGAGUCGGGUGUUAGCUCGGGAACUCCAGAGCACAUUCCCCACACCCCUUUGGGAGUACACGUGGAUGUAUGAAGCAGGGAGUUGGAGGUUGAGGGAGCGGGAAUAAUUUAGUAGUUUCUUCUUGCCGACCAAUGACAGCCACAUUGGCAUCCCAAUCUUAUAAAUCCUUCAUAGGGCUUUUAUUAAAAUACCACUUGGUAAUGCUAUUCCGCUAUAUAUUCUGUGACUCCAAACAGGUGAUUGCAUUCAAAAAAGAAAAUAAGUUUCACAAAAGCCAAGCAGUAUUGUAUCAUAUCCCAUAGGAGCUUUUGCAUGCGGACUAAAAUCUUUUUAUUGAAAAAGAGAGAAUAUUAGAACAAAGCAGUGCACGACAAAGAGAAGUUAAGUCAUUUUCUACAAAUGUUAUUUUCACCCAGUUCCUCCGUUUGCAACUUUGGUUGUCGUUUUCUCAAUGACACAUUAUUCCCUGAUGCUGGUCAAGGAUAUUACUGUGGAUGCAUGUCUCUACACGUUACCGGAUGAUGUCUAUUAAUCUCCUGCAAAGCCCACUUGUUGAUGCACCGCUGUUCACUGAUUGAUAAAUCAUUGCUCAAACCACAGAGUGUGGUGGAAAACAUAUUACAAUCCUAAACUAAGGUGACAAUGUAUGAAGUGUGGACAGGAUGGGCUACGGUGAUUUUGAACAGAGCAUAAAUGUAUAAGCUUUGCGCAACAAAAAUUCCGAUCUUUCACGUGCACACACAUAGUACUGGGAGGCACUGAUGAACAUUUCCUUGUCCCAAGGUGUUGACAGAAUGUGCUUUGAAUUCACCUAUCAUGGGAACAUUUCAGUAACUUCUUGGUCACGUUUUACAUUUUAGUGAUUCAACGUGAACAACGCUUAUGAUAGUGACAUCAACACUUGCAUGUAUGUUUAGUAAUUCAUAUCUGCCGAAUGGGCAAAACAUUUGGACAUGCAAAAUAGUGAUUCGUGUAUUUUCUUUUAAUUACAUGCGGUACUUAUCCAUUUGUAUCCCACAACUAGCUAUGGCAACCUCCCUCUGCCUCUAGCUACCCACCCUCGAUUGGUCACAUUCACCCCAUGUUUGACAAACGUUCAGCUGCCAACUCUCGAUGAACCACUCUCCCGGUGGCAUGCCGCUGUUCAUGAAUUGGGUUCCAAGUGAGUUUUGUUUAUUUGUUGUUCAAUUAUUUUUUUGUUAUAACAAGGCGAGUCAAAAUGGGAAGCAAGGGACGUCACCGUGAAUGCGGUGACGAUUCCCCCAUGUGCGCGCGCGCUCCUGUUGCAGAGUUUCCCAGAUGUUGUAUUAAUAAUAAAUAAAAUCUGACUCAAUGUAUCAGCUAAGUUUUUGUUUGUUAUCGUGCCCUGCAAAUUCUGUAUUCAAAGCAUGCUUCUGUAAACCAGAAUAUUUUUUAUAAGCUGAAACACGUAACAUAACGUCUCAUUUCCUGUUUGGAGCCCACUCUUUGUACUGCAUUGUGAAGCCUUGAUAGUUGAACACACUAAAUGAUGUUUUGUGUGCAUGUGUAUUCCCUUUUCCUGCAAAGCAGUUGUAAACAAUGCGGUGUAAUGUCCAAAACAAUUACAAUGUAAACCUUAAAUGUUAAACUUUUGAAAGAAACCUUAAACGUAUAUGAUACCUACAUUUUGGAUUAAAAUUUAAAGUGGUGACAUGAAGUGGCAGUGAUUAAAUUUAUAUUAUUACAGCAAGCAAAACUGGCAUUAAAUUAGUACAUGUUAAAAAAGACUCUUGUAGUGAGCAUCAUCUAUCUAGAUGAAUACGCUCGUGAAUAAUUACGCAUAUAAAGAGGGAAUGAUGUAGUAAUUUAAGACCUGAAAUUCACUAUCAUAGUUUUACAAUCAGUUAUUUGGCAUUAACUUAUAUGAAGAUAACAUCAACUAUUUUUUUGCAACUAUGGAGACAGUUUUACACAAAUGAAGAGUAUACAAGACAAUUUAGUUUCACUCAGCUGCAAAUUUAAAGUCUAGUUGUACAGUUAUACAACCCAUAGCCAUACUAAUUAACAAAGACAAAGGGGCAUUUUGAGUUUCAUCAUAAAUGGACCUAUCUCUUUGCUGCAUGAUGUUGGGGAAGACCUCUGAAGCUGUUAAUGUUGUUUUUUCUUCUGUAUAGUGAUUGUGUUUUUAAUUAAAAUAAACGUUUAACAUUAACUACAA